AUGGCGGCCGCACUCGGAGUCAUUUUAUUUGCUUACAUAUGCCUAGUCUUUCUCGUUACACAUAGGAUAUGUAUGAUGCAGUGCAAUCCAAUGUCUAGACCUGGUAAGUGGCGUAAAGUAAAGGAAUAGAGGCUGUGUUGACGUUUGGUAGGAUUCGUUUGUUCUCGUCGCUCCAUCGUGACAACGGUAGAGUUUUACAAGUUUAUGGCCAAAUUAUGAUUGGAGUUUGUGGUUUGUAAGUCAAAUACGUCUACCUGGAAUAUUUUUAGGUAUAUACCAAGGAGAUAUGGGCGAUAUGCGGUUCUCUGGGAGCCACGUACAGGUAAGCGUUCGCUGUCAAAAAGUGAAAGGUGUGAUGAGCUGACGAUGUUUAAUGCUAAGAACUACUAGAAACUCCGAAAGAUGGUCUUAUCAUUCUAACGUAAGUCCCACCAAAAAGUUGCUCAUUAAACAGAAACCGAGAUAAUUUACAGCGAACCGUUUGCAUCGAGUUUUCACUGCUUUGCUGAGGAUGAACUUAGCUUGAACUUGAUUAUGGUGAUGAUGGUGCACUCAUGUUUGAGGUCUGUCAAAUUUCAGUCGUGGUUUGCACUUGGUGUAGAACCAGUAAUUUUUUUUUUGUGCUCUUCGCAGGGUGAUGGCUCACACCACCACAGAAGGUAGGAAUAUUCACUAAGACAUGAUCUACAGUUUAGAACACGUGUUCAUCUCGAUUUUUUUUGUCGCGAUAAGGGUGGAAAGAUCGUAGAACCAACACCCCCAGGUACUGUUAAAAGUGUCUCAGUCGCCCACGUAACACGAGGCCUCCUCCAGUUAUUUUAGGAUCAGUUUUGCCUUUUAUUGUUUUGGUGUUUAACUAAGCAGCGAAGAUGUUUACUGGGUUUAUUAGGACUGCGUUCGUUCAUUCCAUCGCUAUAAUGUGCUUGUGCAAGUAAGGCUCUUGAUUCGCGUUGUUGGUUUGGCAGGUUAUUUAAUCGACGUGACAGUAUAUUAUCACUGCCAUUACCGUUCAUACACUGGGGUAUAAUUCUGUACUCAUUCUCGAUAAUUUGUUUAAACAGUGAUCCAUUUUUUUAGAGUUCGCAUCGGGGUUAUUUAGACAUUAUUCGAGCAUGAUCUCCCCUAAAAAUGAGUUUUAAAACGCCUUUGUUUCCGUAUGAACUGGGUGAUGGUUCAGUAUUUGGUAUUGUAUCUGUCAUACUGUUCCGCUAUCUUGUACCGUUGUUCUUAAAGUUAUUUCUCACUGUGAAUUUGCUCGAUUAUUUCUACCGAUGUAAAAUACUCAGGAAUAUAUCUAGGCGAUUCAGGAUGACUUUAAAUCGAACAGCAUGAACAUAAAUAGGGCAGAAACCCUUGUAGUACUUUGAGGUCAAAUCUUGAUAUAUCGCAAGUUCGCCAACAAUGCACGGAAGUUUGUGAAAAAUCUCUGUAAUUGUCUAAAAGCUGGUUGAACCAUUAACUUUAAGAUAUGUAUUCCCACAACUUCUCAGUGUUAAUUUGAGCUGUAGGAAUCCCUCCGUUGGCAAGAAAAUGGUAAAUAUGUUCACUUAUUGUUAUGACUGAAUAUUUCAUAUAUUAAUCUGUUGUGUUGCUUGAUUCUUUAUUUCAGAGAACAGCCCAAUAUUAGGCAUAUUCGCUUCGAGCCAUCAUACUUAGAUUUUUAUGAACAGUAAGUUCUUCUGUUAACAAUUAUUUUAAAUUUCCAAUAGUAUUUUUUGAAUAAACGUUGUGAAAAUGAAACUGUAUAACGAUAUGUCACACACUUGGCAUGUGAUAGAUUUGACAGCUCACACCUAUUUAAAUUCCACUGUACGUAAAUAAUAUGCAGCGAGAGUGCCCAUCUCGUUACUGAAACUUUGAACUUUGAAUCUUAGUGCAAUCUCAAAUUUUCUUGGUCUGAAAGUGUAUGAAAAAUCAGUUCUAUGAAUGUCAAUGUCUUAUCUAUGUUAUUUGCUCCUGGUCUAUGGGCAUUUAAAUAGUAUGGUCUGGUCUGAAUGUGUUUAUUAUUAUUUGUAUUGAAGAAAAGUUGGUUCUCUUUGAAUAUUUAAUGAAUUUAAUUUAGUUGCAUCAGCAAUAUCUAAGAUAUAUAUUUUUUUUCAAUCGUAACUUCACCGAGUAACGGGCUAACAAACAUGUGGCAAGAAUUAUGUUAAAGGAAUUACACCUCUUUUUUUUUUUUUUUUUUCCUGAGUCAAGAGUGUUAUCUGUAUAUUGCUCUUUUCUGUUGAGUGUACCAAUAAUAGUAGAGUUGACAACCAGUAUUGAAGAAAACUAUGCAAUGAUGAAAUCGGUGCUUUAAUAUUUUACUUUCUAAAGUUACUUAAGGCUUCUACAAUGUAUUGAUGAAGUUGUUCACAAAACUGUCUGAAAGACUUGUUUGGCAUGAUGAGUCAGAAUCAUACAAAACAAUGGGGUUGUGCUUAAGCAGAAUCUUAGUACUGAAGACAACUGAUUUUUGGUUUUAGUGGUGAAUUAAAUUAUAUACAUACAUAUAUAUAUAUAUUGGUACUUUUAUGAAAGCUUGGUGAGAUAUCUGGGUCAAGAACCCUUAGGCACCCCGUUGUUUCUUCUAUGAGCACAGCAUUUAAAUUUAUGGUUGCUGUUUUUUUAACUGAGAUUUGGAGAUUUUUAGAGUCUGCAGUCUAAAAGAUGAAAUCCUACUUUGGUAUGUUUGUCUCACAGGUGUGAGAGAAGAAACUAGUCAUCAUGAUGAUAGCUUGCAAUCUCCUAUUUACACCCAAUAUAGUGUAAUUAAGGCUUGUUUGGUUUCUGGAGAGGCCUUAACUCGUUUAUGUAAUCUGUCAUUUCAGAUCAGUGGGUAUGCCAAGUAUACGAACAGUAUCUGUUAUAAACCCGCACACAGAGCAGAAUCUUCAACUGCAAUCUAUAUCUGGUAGCACUUCACAUUUUCAUGCUUCCUUUUUUCAAUCAAAAGUAAGUUAUUACUAAAUCUAGACACCAUAGUUAUUGCAUUAUUGCAAAAACCUGCUCAUAAAUUUCUCAAAGUUUGUUUUAAACAAUGCUGUUGUUUUUUAUUUUCCCUUCAGGUAGUUUACCCUUUAGGAAAUACCACAUUUGAAAUAGUGUUUCUAGCAAGACUAGUUGGAAAUGUAGAAAACACUUUAUUUAUUCACACCUCCAAAGGAGUUUAUCCUUAUCAGGUAUUAUACUCUAUAUGUUGGUUAUUCACAUCAGUAAUCCUUUAUAAGUAACCAUAGUUAUGACAGUCUCAAAAGUUAUGGAAGGUCCCUACUGGUAGCUUUUCAAGGGAUUUUUACUAAGAUCCUUGAAAAGUGUGGCCUCUAUUCAUCAAAGAACUUAGGUUCAAUGUUACUGCUUGGGGAAGAAAAUCCUUCAUAUCUAAGAGCCAAGUUGGGUGGUGUUCUGAGCAAUAAUCAUGAUUUAUUUCCAUAACAACAAACAUCUGUCUGGGAUGAGCAUUAAGUGGGUCUCUCAAGUCUUGCUGUAAUCCUCAUUACAUUGAAAUCCUUUGAAAACAUUGAUUACAAUGGAAGUUUGGUUAAAUAAAUAAGUAUAUGCAUAUAUUUUUUGUAAUGUGCUCAUUUACUAUUAUUUCAGGUAUUUGGUGUGGGACUUCCAAAUCCAUACAGAUUGCGUCCUUUCCUAGGAGCAAGAGUUCCAUUAAAUUAUAGUUUUUCUACAAUUAUUAAUAUGCAUAAUCCAUAUGACUCACCUUUACAGGUAACUACAUGUAGAGUCUGGCAGUUUUAUGUUUAAUGAAGUUAGUUUGAGCAACAAUGAACACACUGGAAAAGUUUGUAAAUCACUUGCCUCCAGCCUAUGAUUUACAACUUUUCCUGUGUUCUUCCAACAUCCCAUGUGGGUUAGUACAGCUAUUGCUUUAAUAAACAACUUCAAUUUUCUAUGGGUUUAUCAGUGGAAUAAAUGAUAAGUUUUUGAUCAAUUAACCCUUUAACUCCCAAGAUCUCAUGAGUAAUUCUCCUUACUGUCUGUUAUAUGGUUCUUCUGAAGUUAGUUUGGAGAAUUUGGUAUUGGAUCAACUAAUAAUUCCCUUAUUCAUAUUUUUCUUUAUUCUCGUCACUUGUCUACUUGAUAUUGUAUUGAUAUUGUAAAGAGAAAUUCUGUCUUGGUCACUCAUGGGAGUUAAAGGGUUAGGAUGCUUGCAGUUUCUCAGUUAUUUUAUAAACAGGUGUAUACUUCCUUAAAAUUUGAGUACAUCAGGAAUGAAAUGUACAAAGAUUAGGAAAAUUAUUUUAUAAGGUCUCCUUUUUUUAUGGGGAACUUCCUUAUUUUGGAGGUGACUAGAUUUUUUUUGGUCACUGUGUGGGAAAUGAGAAAUUUAUUAAAAAAUCUGCCCUAGGUAUAUCCUUGUUGCAUGUAAAUGGGUUUAGGUUUUGGGUUUUUAAGUCAGGAGCCUGAUAUGUGACCAAUGGACAAAACUUCUUGUUAGUUAUAUUAAAAAAAUUAGUAUUUAUUUAUUUAUUCAUUUUUAUUACUUUAUCCUCUUCUAUUGUAUUGUUUGUCAUAGGUAAUAGAGAUGUACUCUAGUGGUGGUGAUUUGCAUUUAGAACUUCCUUCUGGUUUGGAGGAAGCACCACAAAAACACUGGGUAUGUGUGAUAAACUGCCUCACCUCUGCUAGGAUUUUAUAAAAUGUUGGUUUUCUUUUCAUAUAAUUAAGAUGAGUUCAUCUGACAGUAUUGAGUACAUUUUCCUAAAGAACAUUGUGAUCAUGUGUCUUCCUAUAGGAAAUUCCACCCUACGAAACUAAAGCACUUAUGCGAGUUAGCUUUGUUGGAAGAGUAGCUUCAAAUCACACAGCAUUUAUUCGUAUUAAAGCAAGUCAACCAGCACCUAUUCAGGAGCUUCUAAUUUUACCUGUAGAAGUAGAAGUUACAUCAGGUACAACAUUAUCUAUGUCUUCUUAAAAUAUUGAUGAGAAUCUUGGGUUCUUUUAUAUAUAUAUAGAUGAAUGUGGGGGUAGAGUCUACCUUGGCAUAAAGUGCUCAAUGCUGUGGUAGCAGAGCUAAGUAUACAUAAGUUAAAGAAUUAAAGAGGACGCAUCGAUUCUCUGUGAUUCUAAGUUUCAUGCCUAAGUGCUUGUCAGACAGAAAGUUCUGUCUGAUGAGUGCUUAGGCACAAAACUCAGAGUCGCAGAGAAUCAAUGCUUCCUCUUUAAUUCUUUAACUUAUGUAUGUAUAUAUAUAUAUAUAUAUAUAUAUAUAUAUAUAUAUAUAUAUAUAUAUAUAUAUAUAUAUAUAUAUAGUGUUACCAAAUGGUAGCUUUCACUUUUAACUCUUUCACUCUCUGGAUCUAAUUGACAUUUUGUUUUGUCCGAUAAACAUUACUCAUUAUUUCAACUCUGAAAAUUUGUUGUUUUAUCAAGCAUCCUUAGCUGAUAUUCAUUCUCUUCUCAUCACCCAUCUGCUUUAAACUGUGUUUGUAUAGUAAGGAGAAAUUACAACCCCUGCCUUGGACAGAAGUUAGUACUUACAGACAAUGUUUUCCCCUACAGCUCCUGGCUUGUUCUCCUCCACUGACAUGUUAGACUUUGGAACUCUUAGAACAAUGGGUAAGUCAGUGUUUGAUACUUGGUGAAUGCAUUUUUUAUUAUCAUAUUUGUAACUGUUAAAAGAAAGAAAAUAGACUGGAAAAAAUUUACUCGCAUGUAGCUCAAACAAAAUCUCUCAAAAACUGAUUUUUUUUUAGAACAAUUAAGUGUUGGGGGGACUGAAAGGUUGUUCAGUAAGAUCAGUGAGAUACUAUUUCUUCAUAUGUGGUGACAUGAAGUGAUUUUUCUUUUUUUUUUCCACAGAUGAGCCUAAAAGUAUUGGAUUGUAUCUUUUAAAUGCUGGUCACAAGCAAGUUCAUAUAUCGGUAUUAAAGCAGCUUUUACUAUCAUUUGUUUAACCAAGCAAAUUCAAAUACUUUAGUCCUUGCCAUAUUCUUUGUCUUAAUAAUUUUUAUCCUUUUUUCAGACAAUAUCUGUAGAACCAACAAACAGUGCACUGUCCAUAAAUUUCACUGUAAGUACUAACCGGUCAUGACCUUUUUGUCAAAAAGUCCUAAGCAAAAAGUCAACAAUAUUUGCUAAUAAUUUGGUUUAUUAACUGGGUUAAUGAUGUAAACUGGCCUCAGUAAAGCAAAAGAUAUCUUCUGAGCCUUCGAUAUUAUUGAGCAGUAAAUCGAGUCAAGCACCAACACUUUUAUCUUGAAUUAUUUUCCUCAUGAUCAAUUUAUGUAGACUAUGCUGUAACUCUAGGAAUGUAGUAAGGAGAUUGUUGGUUUAUAGAGUCGUUUUUUUGAUACUUAGCCCAUACUCUUGAAGCCAGGAUCAAAAUACAUUAAAGUCGCAACUGCAACUUAUUCUGGUAAGAUAGCAACAAUUUAAAAUUAGUCAUUGAGUGCAUGCUUCAUUGAUGAUCCCGAGUAUAUUGUUAUUGCUUGUAAAGGAUAAGUUAUUUUGGAAAGUUUAUACAACUAGCUGAAUUUAAAAUAAGCCGCGAGCUAUCCUAAAUGCUUACAAAUAAGGGUCUUAAUGCAGCAGGCAAUGCAAAUUCAUUUUUAACAUUAUUUUAUUUUCUUGUAACAGCUUUCCAUGUUAAAAGGAGUAGACAAACAACCGGAAAGGUUAUUAUAAAAACGAACAGCAAAAUCUCUCCUAGAUUAGAGAUCCCUUAUCAAGUUAAUAUACUUCAAGGGUAAGUUAAAAAAGUUAUGUUGAAAUAUAGCAGUGAACUCUUACCUGCCUAUAUGGGAUUUUAAGACUUAAGCCAGUGAAGAGGUGAUGAAAUUUAUAGAAACCUAUUAGCUAGGUGUUAUCUGCAACUAAAUGUUUCCAGGUUGAAUUGAAAAUUAUUUAUUAUAUCUUCAAUUGUUAAAUCAGUGAAGCAUGUUUUGUUGCUUUAGGUUUACAGAAAAAUGUAGUUUAGGGCUGAACAAUGAAAUUUUGAGGUGUUCCAACUGAUUUGAGUCCUAAACCUUUCAUAUUUGAUGCCUUUAAAAAUAGAAAUAUUCCAUAUAUGUUUUAGUUGUCUACCUUUCCUUCAUGUAAUGGUGGCCUCCCAGAACCUUUGCCUUUCAUACUAAAACAUAUUUUAAUGUGCUUUUAUUGCUCUCUCUGUUAAAUUUCAGGACCAUAGCAUAUUCUGUUAGCAAGACAAGAUUCUUUGUAGGGAAACCUCCUUUUGAUCCAGUUUCAAGGGAACUCCCAAUCACAAACACAUUUAGUUUUACAAUGGUUAUUUAUGAUGCAGCCUUUCCUGCCGAGAUGGAAAAUAUAUUUUCUGUAAGUUUAAGUAUCCUUUUGCUUUCACAAAGAAAUAUACAAAAUCAACAGAAAUAAUUUGUUUAACACAUAAACAUAUUUUUCAUACAGAUUGUAAAUUUUACCAAGCCAGCCAUGAUACCACCACAAAGCACAGUGACACCAUUCUAUGUCCAGUUCCUUGCCAAUGGCUCCGAUAUGGCUUUUUCUACUAUUCUUAGAGUGUACACAAAUGCUUCUAUUUUUACUGUACCCAUUCACUGUUAUGAUGGCAAGCUCAAGGUCAGUAGAGUUUGUGGUUAGUUUCUUACAAAUAAAUACUUUUCCUUGGGUUUCAUAUAGAAAUCACCACUAGCUGCAAUACCAGUAAUAUGUACAUUUAGAUUAAAAACUGAAUUUACUGAUUUGAAAGGAAUUUGUGUUAAUCUAAUCCUUGCUUAUAUAUAUGGACAGAUAGAUAAUUAGACAGGUGUAAAAUCAGUGACUGACUGAAUGACUGAUGGACUGACAGACAGACUAACUGUCAGACUGACUAACUGACUGAAAGAUUGACAUACUGAGCAACAGACUAACUGGCAUACUGACUGACUGACUGACCAACUGACUGACAGACAGAAAGAAUGAUAGACAAAUGGAUGUAGAGGAGAGAAAGACCAAUAUAAAGAUGGAUAGUCAUUUAGUCAGACAGACAGGCAGGCCAACAGACAUACCAGAAUGGAGAGAUAAGCAGAUAGUCUGGUUCACUGAAAGCUGGAUAGCCUGUUCAUUAGAGGCAUUCAUGUGAUUUGUCCCUGUCAUUACAAAAGAGAUUACAGAUCACCAAGAACAUAAGUAUUCUAGUUUUCCUGAAGUUUUGACAUUUGCUUGGUCUUUCUGUUGCAGUAUGGUGUAGAUGGCUUGGAGGAAGAUGUAGUUGAUUAUGGCACUGUAGGAACUGGGGAGAAUAGAACAAAACUCCUCAAAAUCAUCAACAAUAAUCCAAUAGAGGUAUAACAGGACUUAGAACUGAUCUUCUACCAAUAAUAUCUUAAAUGUGACAGGUCCAAGGUUCAACACUGUGUCCCUCAUAUGGCCUCUCUCCAACCCAGGCUAUUAUUGUGUCAUUCAGCAUAAGAAAUCUGUGGUUAACCCUCUACUCCUUAAUGUCAGUAUGAAUAUUCUCCAUACUACUCCUGAGACAUUUCCAAGGGUUCUGACAAGGAGAAUUUGUUCAACAAUCAAGAGUUUCUUUGGUUGGUGAUCAACUCUGUUAUUCUCAUGACCUAAUGUUUGAUUCAAGGGUGAUUUUGUUAGGAGAAAUUUGAUGUUAUUCACUCAUGGGAGUUAAAGGGUUAAAACCACUGGGAAAUAUUACAUUGUAAGGGUAAUUAAGAUUUGUUUGUAUUUUCCUCAGGUCACUAUUUACAGAAUAGAAUGUAAUAUCCAGUUUGCAAGAUUAAAACUAUUAGUGAUCAAAUCUAGUAAUGACAGCAAGUUAUUUAAAGGGAAUCAAAGCUUAUCAAAUACAAUGGAUCAGCCUGUCAAUGGAGAGGCAGAGGAUGACAAGGUAAAAAGAGCAGAAUGUCUUUUUUUGUCACCAUGGCUAACUGCAUAAGGAUUUCAAAAGUGAUAUGCAUGGUUGUAUUACUUUCACUUUUUCUUGAUUUCAGGUGCACAUUAAACCUGGCUUUAUGGCAUAUUUUAGUGUAGAGGCUGCUGUACCCAAGAGAGAGGGACAGUAUAUUGGAGAAAUAGAAAUGGAAACAGAUUAUGAGGUGAGAGGAUCAUUUGUUAAACCCCUUUAAUGUAAUUUUUUAAAUUGAGAUUACACUGCCUUUCUUAGAAUGUUGAGUAAGAAAUGACAUCCUGUUUUCAACUUUACAGACAUUACAUAUUCCUCUUCACUUAAAGUCAAUGGAUGGAAAAAUAGUUUCUGCUCCAGCAUCUGUAGUUUUUCAGCCUGGGUUUCCAGUGAGUAACAAGCUUUUUGUUGUGCACCAAAAUAGAAAUUAAAGCAGUUUUAGAUAGUGGCAAUUUUUAUCAGUGAUUGGUAAUUAGCUAGCUUGCCACUUGUCAGCAACAAGAUUCUAAGUGGAAAAUACAGUUAAUUUUGAUUGAGCAUGGUGACACCAAAACCAAUUAAAUUACUACUGUAAAUCAGAAGAAAAAUGCCACAAGGAAUUGCAGAAAUCAAAAUAAAAACAUGCUAAAGGAACUGCAAAUGGACUAACCAUGGUUGCUGAUUUUUUGUUUGUUUGUUUUUUCUCUGGGUCUUUGAGCCAUGGCACAAGUUGAUAGGUCAAUCAUGGAGCAGAGAUGAGCCAGAACAUUUCAAUCCUGUUUACUUUCAAGGUUUCGGGUUUCUGUUUUUCUGAGUUCUAAACCUAUCGCAUAUUCUUGUUUUUCAGGGUCAAAUUGUAAAUUACACUCUCACUCUGCUUAGUUCAUUUUCCAAUACCUUGAAGCUAGAAUCUGUGAAGCCUCAUCUUUUUAGUGAUCAAUUUUCAUUCGAGCCUGUGACUUCUGAGGUUCAAUUACUUCCCAAUGAGAGAGUUGAGGUUAGUAUAUUUUCUGUAUAAGAUAAUAUAACUAAUUAUAUCAAAGGCACAGAAAUCUAUAGAGGCACAAAUUUUCAAUGAAGACAGCAGUUAUUUAAAAAGUUGAGGAUGUGCAUUUGGUAGAUUUGUGUUGGUUUUGUCGUUAGUUGCCUUAGUGAAAAUUUCCCACUUUUUCUCAGGUUGGACAGUUAUAUUAUGAUCCUUCAAAAGGUUGUAAAAACCUCUGCCACACUGGAAUACACUCAAGUAAGACAUAAAAUGACAUUUCUUUGCCUCCAAGGUUUAAUUUCCUUGAUUAAAAAAGCAUUUUUUCUCUGGGAAAUGCGACAAAGAAGUAAAGAGCAUGGCACUUUGUCUCAAGAUGUGGUAAAAAUGAAACUUUUAGAAUCUCCCAACUAGCGCUAUCAGUCGUAAGUUAGGAUCAGUAAAAUGAAUCCUUAUAUUGCUUUUAGUAGAGUCUGAAAGGUGUUGUUUGUUAUGCAGGUGAACAGUGGUUAUCGAGUUUUUCGUUACCCUCCAACGUUGGGGAAAUUGACAGUCAGCUCAUAGAGAGGAACCAAAAGUUGUUCUCUUCGUUAGAACGGUCAGGAAAGACUAGGCAAGUCUCUCUACUUUUGGCUUACGGUGUUACAUUAUGUAUAUCUUUGUGUUUCCGUGUUUUGGGUUUGAAUUUUUUUUAGAUUUUUUCUUCUUAGAGACCCUUUGCUCGCGGUAACAGACUAGAGCACAAUUUUUAAUAUUAUAUCUUGCUCUCUUGCCUUUGUUUUUGCAGAUUAAAUUUAUCAUUCAUAAUAGAUACAGAUGUUGUUAAGGGAUUCCAAAUCCCAGCACAAGCCAGUCUUUCAUGGCCGUCGUUUUCAUCAGACAAACCAGUCAAGUUUCCUCUAACACACCUUGGUAACGUCUCAGUCAAAUUCUUCACGCUGGAGAAUCCAGCAGAUGUUCCUGUCUUGGCACAGAUUGUGCCUUUUUCGCUUUAUCCGCAAGGUGUAUGGGAUAUUUUAACUGAUAGGUAAAUGACAAAAUGAUACAAUAUUAUAGAUCUUUUUUGCCAUUUUUUUUUAAUGAAGAAGUGUCGAAAGUUAUUUAUGUUUGCAUUGGUUUCUCGUCACGAUGAUCUCUGAUUGGUUGAAACGAUAAUUUGCAACAUCCCUCCAAACCAAUUACACGGGAAGGUAAAAGGUCGUGUUGGUCACACACAGUUCCCCGCGCUCGAGGCCGGUUUUCUUUGCGAGUACUUUUAGUUUCUCCAUAACGUAACAAAUUGAUCUUUGUUUCGAUUGGUCGUUGAGACCAAUUAUCAUGUCUCGAUAUUCGCUGAGGUUGUGGAGAAAAAUUAUUUUAAAGAGAUUACAGGGGUUAUUGCCAACGGAUUUUUCCCUAUAUUUCUCUUGAGCGAUGACACAAAAACGGACGGCGUUAAGUUGAAAAUUAGCGCUUCAGUUUAGUUAGCACCAUGCGCUGGGAAACCUUCGGGGUGAUUGCACCAAGAUAUGUUGUAAUCUCCCACCAAUCAGAGCGCGGGCAUCUCUGGAAUCGUUUCAACAAUUUAUAAGUAAGUCUGAUAGUCCGGGUGAGGAUAUUAUCGAGUCUUCUCGGUGACAGUGGCGACGUUUCUACCAACUGAGAGGGUGUCAUCGUACGUAUUAUUGGCCGUUAGGCGAAAACUGAUUUGUUGGUAUAGCUGUGGUGUUACUGAAAUUCAUUCAGUGCUAGUAGUAAGCGGUAGACUCUGAUUUACGCAACUGCAAUCACAUCGUUUUUUUUUCCUUGUUUAUUCAUAGGUUUGAUACAGAAACAUAUGGAUUUGAUCCAGAUGAAACGACCUUCUCUGUGCCCUCACAUGAGGUAUACUGCUUUCUGUCUCUGUCAUUUAACACGUAGAGGUCAUUUGUAAGGAAUGAAUCAGCUUUUUCGAAACUUUAACUCUGUCAUGGGUAAAACUAGAGUAUCACCUUUACUAGAAGACGAGUUAAAAUUUACGGCCUGUUUUUAGGACUACUUGUCAACUCUGGGAAGUGAAAUAGCUCACGCGUCCGGUACGUUGUUGACUAUUCUCAAGCCCCGCGCGGUCGUCAGGAUUCCAGUGCUGUUUCAACCCAAAGAUGAACGACUCAAAACAUCUGUGGUCCUCAUCAGGUAGACACCACCCUUUUUCUUUAAUUGCUGAGACGUAAGACCCAGCUUCGUUAGCGAUUUAUUUAAAUUGAAACCUAUUAUUUCAAAUUAUUGUUGCGAAAGAUGCAAAAAGAUUCUUCUUCGGGAAGUAGAGAUGGCAUAGUGGUGUGAUAACUCACCUCCAUCGCUGUUUCCCGGUUUCUGUUCGUAAAUUUGGUGUCGCAUUUGGGUCGAGUUUGUAAUUGAUUGAUUUUCGCCUAUUCCUCUACGGUUUUUUUUUCUGUGGGUUUGCGGCUUUUUUUUUCCGUCCACGAGAAACAGCUUUUCAAAUUCUAAUUCGAUCUUGAAAUAGUGAACGAGAAGCCACCUUAUUAAUAUAUCACUACUAAGGUUAUUUUCAGUUUUAUUUCGCCCGUUGUAAGACAGGUCGCACUCGACAACCAUCUUCAUUGAAUAAUGACUUGCUUCUUUUAUUACUUGCAUAAACCAGAGGUAGUCGAGGGGACCACUUUGAUCCUCUACUUACGCUGCACAAAAUUAUUGUCGUAUACUAGAGGUCAUUUUUUUCAUUUUUUUGAAUUUAUGAUUUAUUGUUUAUCUAUGUUUGUUACUUAUUUAUUUACGGAUGUUUCUAGGAACAAUCUUACGGUUUUGGAUGGAAUAGUGGUUCAAGGUCAAGGAGCCCGGGGAGAGUUCACUUUGAAUGGCAAGAGGCCUGGGUCCCAAAGCACUCUCUUGUUUGAAAUUAAGCCGAGUCAGUUGACAGAUUGUCAUAGUAAGUCACUUUGUACUGUUAACACAUCCACAGGCAGUUUUGCCCGCAAGGCAGUCUCUUGUAUUUCCUUUCAGAAAGCGCGAUAAGCGUGAGUCGGGGCCCAAGACCUUCGGUAGUCUUCCCUAUUUACAUUUAAGAAUUUUGAUAUAGAAACUUUGAAAGUAACACAAAAAAACGAGGAACGAAACGGAACAAGCAGGUUUUUGAGCUAAGAGCCGCACAAAUAUUCUUAAGAUUUCGCGAAGAAACUUUGUUCACUGCCUAGGAAUCUGAUUGCAAGUGUAUGAAAUAGAUCUGUUUCUUAUAUCAGAAGCUGCUCCUCGAACCCGAUCCCUGCAGCCCUUAUCAGUAAUGAAGACAGUUACAGCAACAAAUCCUGGUCAGCUCUCCAUGUUCAUCAGUUCACUCAGUAUCAAUGGCUACGAGUGUGAAGGAUACGGUUUUAAAAUCAUGAACUGCAAGUCAUUCAUCCUCAAACCAAACACAUCACGCAAGAUUGAAAUCACGUAAGCAAUGAUCAUUUUUUUGGACGCGAAAUUUCGCAAGUUCUUGACAGAAAGCAAACCGUCAGGUGCACAAUAAAACUUGUUUUGUUUACCAAAGAUAAUAGAAACCUGGUUAUACUGCCUUACAUAAGACUGAUUAAGUCUCUUUGUACUGCAUAUUUCGGUAGUGAACACAAGAAGGCAGUCAUGUUAUGAAGUUAGUUAAAAAAAUAUUGUAGACGAGAAAAAAGCAACUUAGUUUGCUGAUCCAGCGGAGCCAUCUCCCCCUAUCUGUUUCGUGCUUUAACUACAUCCAUUUGAAAUGGUUGUAAAAAGGGAGAUCUCUAUUCAAGAAAGAGCAAUUUUGUUUUUCAGGUUUACGCCAGAUUUUUCAAUGUCGAGAGUAACUCGGAAAUUAGAAGUGAAAACCACCGUCGGUCCAGUAAUGGAAUUCACUCUGGUUGCGACAAUUCCAACCCACCUCCUUCCUCUGUGUUCUUCGGCUUUGGGCCGCAAUUCCUGGGAACCUGUGGUCCAAAUCGUGGCUGUUGUCCUCAUGGGUGUGGUCUUCUUAGCUGUCAUGAUUGCCGCUUACGCUGAGGCGCGCAGGCUCGUGUUCCUCUCGCAUCCUGAAAUGCAACUACUGCAGAUGAAACAAGAAGAGCGAGGGCCGAUAUUUGAUUUGAAUGCCAUCGCUGGAGUUAAGAAGAACAAGUGAGUUAAGGUCAUCUUUGUAAUGUUAAUGAGAGCCUUCUCUGAUCUUUACUUACAGAAUUGGACUCUCAUUACAAUUUAAAUAGACAUGAAAAUAUACGGGUAAUGAGAUUACAAAUUUGAUUCUGACAUACAUGUGGAAAGAGGUUGUUUUGCACUCCCUAAAAUGAACAAGAAUUGGAGAUUUCCAACAUAUGCGAUGUUUGACCAUCUAUUUUGGCGAUUAUCAAAAGGCGAUCGGAAAACGUGACGAUUUUUGUGAGUUGUCUUUAUCUUUCCGGUACUUGCGGACAGGGAUGUUCUACACAGUUAAGAUUUCGUUAAAAUAUGAACGAAAAAAUACCAAAUCCCUGAAAAAUAUCAAACCCCUUAUUACGAUAAAGUCUUCUAACUCGCCUUGUGUCCGCAGAAUUCCAGCCAGAGAGGAACAAUCAGUGAGUCAAAAGAGGACCAGACGCGAUCAGCAGCGAGAAAGCAGAGAAACAACACCUGUGUCAAGUGAGAGGCCAUCUGGUUGUGACAGCGUGACAACCAGCUUGGCGAAUACUUUACCAACAAAUAAUAAUAUCAAAACUGUUACAGCCAGUACGUCACGGCAAGAGAAUAACGGAAUGAGAAAUAGAAAUACGAGGACUGAAGUUGCAGCGGUGAAAAUCCAGCCGAAUGCGACAGAAAACGCGGAUACUCGUGCCAUCAAGGUAUCUAGUCUUCCUCUAGAAAUCAAAACGUGUUCUGUGGGAAAAGACAAUAAACCUAAAGGUACUGUGGAUAAUCGAGGUAAGGGUUUGGCAGAAACGGUGGCAAAUGUAACGCGGAAGGUCGUUGAACCGAAGAAAUCCGAACAGAGAGUAAGCGAUGAAAAUAAGAAAACAGAACCAAAGAGUAAAUCAAUUCCUGAGGGUUUCAAUGAUGAAAUUAUCAGUGUGGUAAUCCCUAACAAAUGCGAAUCACCGCCCAAAAGAGACUCUAAGGAGUCGAAAGGAAAGCAGAAACGAAAAACCAAACCUGUCAGCAAGAAAGAGGGAAAAGAAAAGAGGGUAAAGGCGAAGGAAAAUACUGCAGCCAAAGGGAAGGACGAUGAAGGUGUGUUGUCAGAUGAUAGCUGCAGUGAUGGCUCUUCAGACAAGUCUGUACCUGAGGUUAAAAUACAACAGCCUUCAAACGACAUCAACAGAACACGGAAUGGUAAUCUGCCGCUGGACACACAACUGAAAGAACAACAGCAGAACAAUUCCAAGCAGCCGAACCAUACAGGUGAAUCAUUCCAAGACACCUCAAGGGACAGAGCGAAGGGACGUAAAAACCAAGUUACUCCGGAAAAUGCAAAUAGUAAGGGCAAGAAAGAAACACAACUAGCGACUGGAACUGCUCGACCUAAGGUCCUGGAGGUUCAAGGGAAGAGUCAGUGCAACGCACACAGCAGCAAGAUCCAGAGUAAUACAUGCAGUCCUGUCAGUCCAACAUCUCCCCACGCCAUCGCCGCUGCAGUCGUUUCAGCACUCAAUAAGAACAUGCAGGCAUCCUCUAAAGAGAAUAACUAUGACGAGCAGGAGCCAAACAAGAGGAAGGCGUACACCAAAACGUCUACCCUAUCAUCAAGUUUGUCGGAUUCUCCACCUCCAACCUCUCCAACCCUGCUGAGCGGAAGCAGCCGGAGCAGCAGCUAUAGCAGCAUUGUCAGCAGUGAUAGUUCAAACGGUGUGGAGCAAGUGAAGUCCUCAGUGUUGAAAGGAAACAAGUCACGUGUCAAAAGUACCAAAUCGGCUUCUUUGGAGGCUGGUGUCGGUCCACCGUGGUCUUCGACAGGUAUGAUUAACUGUCUAGCUCGAGUUUUAAGAGUUUUUCUUCACCAAAAAAGUUAUUUGAAUUCUGCGAAUCAGCUUCGAUUGUGAGAUUUCAGUAUCUUUGAUAUUAUCAACUCCGUGGGUUCCCAGCAAAAUUUGGUUAGAUGGUUACUAUGACAGGAAGUAAAACCUCCAGGGACCAAAUUUGAAGUAAAUAGCUUCACUUUGAUUUACCAGUGUUAACAUCCUCACCUUAUUUAACUGGUCAUACUGUUUCUUUCUCUUAUAACUAAUUUGCAGGCUCCAGAAAGUCUAGCAAAUCUGGCGAAGACCUUGGCUUGUCCGGUCUGAGGCGAAACCCUUGGUCCACGUCUGUUGAUUCACAUUUGACCCCGCGUGGCCCGGUCGGAGAGAGACCUGACAGGAUGGCACCAUCCUCGCACUUCAUGCCUCAACACAGGCCAUCUCUUUUGGAUAGUCAGUCAUAUAACCGAAGAGGUUUAAAGAAACAAGCAUCUGUUGGAGAAGAGAAGGCUCGUCCGUUGGACCUAGGUGAUUUUGGACUGUCCGAUAACAGUGCCACACGCAAUCGAGGCCUCUCUGCCGAACAUCGUCCCUAUUGGAACAGUAGUGAGCAAUGCUACCACAACCGCGACAGUCUCUUCAGCUCUUGCUCUCGUUCUUCGGAGGACCAGUUUCCUGGAAAGAGCUCCCGACUGUCCAACAACUGGGUAAACUUCCUAGAUGCUAGCAAUACCAACAGCGGCGUAGUGUCCAGUAAUAAGACCAUGGCUGAGAUAUGGGAUGUAGGCAACUCCCCUCAAGACAGUGAUGGAUGGUCCGUAUACAGGCCACCAACCUCGUCUCCCGGGCAGCCUCUAAGCUCUGAAGCAGAUGCUGUGGAUGCGUUAUUUAGUCAUAUGCCAAACUGGUCUGGCGAAGGAGCUGUCGUGGGACCAGAGUCACCGUUCAGCACCCAGGAAGUUACUUGGACCCCACCGCCUGACGUCUCUUCCAUCUGGAGCGGUGGAUACCUUGGAUCAGCUUCUACUGCAGAGUCCUUGCCUACUUCAACUGCGGUUUCUUUCGCCUCCUACUCAGUGCAGCUACAGUCCAACCAAGAUUCAACACCAACUUUUGAUCCUUUGGGUUCUCUUGGAGGCGGCAUCUGGGACCCCAGUAGCAAAGCUUCAACUUGGUCCUCCACAUCAGAAUGAUUGAACGCCAUUCGUAAGAGUCUCCUUUGCAACGAUUUAAAGAAUAUGUUGAUUUGACUUUGUCACGUUAAACUCCUUUUGUUUCCUAAGGAAUCUUUUUUGACAAAAGUUUUCAGAGGAUUUGUUUCUUUCCUGUUAAAAGCAGCUGCGUCACAGUUUUUGUAUCUUGUAAACUUUAUCCUAAAUUUUUCCAGUUCGUCUUUUGGAAUCGGUUUAAGUCAAGUACCUUCGUGCUUUGUUAUUUCCUCUGUUGUGUUUUAUCUCACCGAAUUAAUAUUUUUGUAGCUUCCUUCAAGUUGAAGGUAGUUCCAUAUGUUUCGAAAAAUGAUUCAAAAAUCUUGACGCGGCUGUUUGAGAUCUACUUCGACAUUUUCCUCUAUUUAAACAGACGUCAUUUCUUUCCUGUUAUUUUUAAAUAUCUUCCCGUUCCGUUUGUCUGAAAUUAGGGAUUUUCGAAGGCGUUUCUAAACACUUGAGAGUAAUUUCUUCUUUUCUUCAAACUGUUAGGGUUUAUCUUUAAAGUAACUUACUUUGACUCAUAUUGAGAAAUUGAAUUUCACGAACAGACAGAAAAAGGAGGAUCAAGGCAAAGGAUAAGAUCUCGUUUUUCUAUUGGUUGGCGUUUGUUGAUUCUGAGGUGAUUAUCACUUGCGAGGAGCCUUUACACUUGGUACGUGUUUCGUCCACUUAAGUUCCCUAGAGGGGUGUUGUGGUAACGAUUGGGAAUCCUUUCUUUUUUUUCCUGGAUGAUCUGCAUGGCUGUUGACAAAGUGAUAGGUGGAUAGGGUGUACACGUUUGAUUUUAUCACAUAAAAUAGUUGGUGUCCUGGCGCUUUCCAACGGGUUUCCAGGUUGCUCCAAAGUGUCCCUGUGUGUUUCAAAACGGGGUGUGCCACCGACAGAGUUUUCCGGCUGGCGUAAGUUGCAUGCGGGUUCAUUAGCUUGUAACUGUUGGGUACAGGAAAAUGAUGCUGGCUUCAUUUGUUCAUCAUUUCGUCCACCGAAAAGUGAGCAGUUCAAAAAACGUUUAUUACAUCUCAAGUCAGUUGCAUUUCUAUGCUUAUUCCGAACCAGCGUAACCCGAGUACCAGGCCUUCCUCUUCUCUGCCUGUUUGGGUUGGCGAAGAGGAAGCCUGGUGACUCAGGUUUGUGACGGCGCGCGAAUAUGCCUGCCACAGUCUUAAUAAGACCGCU